AUGUCCUCGCAAAGCCAAAUAAUUCCGGCCCUGGGUCGUCCCUUUGACCUUGGCAUGCUUUAUGAUCGCCGUUCAGACCAGCUGAUUAUUGGGAAAACAUUGUGGUCUCUGGAUCAUCAGGGUCAGGCCGUUAACACGAUAACCAAACCGUACACCAACUCAGAAGUCCUUGCCGAAGACACAAUUGACGAUAAAACAAGUGCUCUCAAUAUUAAAGGAGGCAUUAAAUUGAGUUUGCUUUGGGGUUUAAUUAACGUUCAAGGAGCAGCGAAAUACUUAGAUGACAGAAAGACAUCAAGUCACCAUUCUCGCGUUGUUCUGAAGUAUGAGACAACAACUGAGUUGAAACAGCUGACCAUGGAACAUUUGGGACCAGGAAAGGUGCAGUAUCCAGAGGUGUUUGACCAAGAUAUUGCCACUGAUGUAGUGGUUGGAAUUCUGUAUGGAGCCAAUGCAUUUUUGAUCUUUGACCAGGAAGUUUCCAAAGAUGAAUCCUUGAAAGAGGUGCAUGGAAAUAUGGAAUUACUGGUGAAAUCCUUGCCUGGUAUCUCUAUAGACAUACCUGAAGACCAGAAGAAGAAUACAGAGAAAAUGCAUUGCAAGAUGUAUGGAGAUUUCAGAACAGAAGAAAGUCCAACCACUUACGAAGAAGCAGUGAGAGUCUACAAACAGCUACCAUCAUUGAUUGGGGACAAGGGUCAGAACGCAGUUGCUGUCCAAGUAUAUUUACUCCCGCUCAGUGACAUCGAUAGCAAGGGGCAACGAAUGGUGAGAGAAAUCAGUGCCAAUUAUAUGAGCAAGACAUGUGAGAUUCAAGAGCACAUACAGUGUAUCGAGUCUAAGUGCAGCGAGUUAAUGAGAGAGGAUGUUUGUUCGUCGUUCUCUCGAGUCAAGAAGCAAUUAUCAAGUUUCAAAAGUAAUAUCUUGCGCUACAAGAUCUUUCUCCAGAAGAAGUUGUUGCCUUUGCUUCCCAGCAUAAGAGGAGGCGGAGCAGAAGAAUCAGCACUUGGCGAUAUCUUUGAAGAAAAAGAGCGUUCCCCUUUCUCACAAACUCGCAUUGAUGCUUGGAUCGUGGAAAAAGAGAAAGAGAUGAAGAGAUUGCAAAGUAUUAUCGCUUUCUUGGGAGACACUCCUUUUGUUAGCCCUGAAGAUGUAGAAAAUGAAGCGUUCGACCCAAGCAAUGAGCACGUUGUGUGCUGUACAUUUAAGAUUGGAAAGGAAGACGAUCCUCAGAUUUUGAGUAUGGAUGCGUACCUCACAGGAAAAGUUCUGCCCGAGUUGAAGAGAAAGGCAUCAUCAGGUACCGCUGAGAAAAAUGUCAAUAAAAGAAUGCGCCAGACACUGAAACAGUUCUCAGAACUGAAAUCUGCAAAUGAAGAUCACAAAAAAGUGAAGUUUUUCGCCACAGAGGAGUGUCUGUCUGACAAUUUCAGUGGAAAUCCGGGAGCCUUCAUCUAUCUGUACGAGGAGGGCGAACUAGAAAAUGAUGAUUUUAAGGUAUCACCAAAGCCAGAAAACCUAGAAGCAGAGAGAGUGCGAGACGAUUCAUUCGAACUUGGGUGGAAUGAUCCGCACUGGAGCGAGAACAAGAUUGAAACGUACAAAGUUCAGUGCAAAAAGAAUGAAGCCAACUCCGACUGGAUCACUCAGUACACACUGUGUGGAAAGGAAGCUAAGAAAACUGCUACCAUAUCUGGACUUCAACCAGCUACCAACUAUCUGGUACGAGUAUGCGCUGUGAGGCAGAUUGUGGUUAGCCAAUGCAGUAAUACUUUGUCUGCAACUACCAAACCAACAAGUCCGCCUGGUAAGCCAACCUUUGAAGCUGCAACGACUGACACCAUAACCAUUGCAUUCACUAAACCCAAAAGUAUUGGACAGGGAGUUAAUAUUGAAAAGUACAAGAUUGCAUGGAUAUUCAAUUCCCAACAGAUGGAACAAUUCCUGCACUACACAGAAGAUGAGUCGCUGACUUGCACAAUCAAGGGACUUCAAGCAGGAGUACCCUACAAUUUCAGUGUUACCGCGAUUUGUGGUAGCGAAGGAGACAGCAACGCCAGUGACCUUAGUAAUCCACUGCAAACAAUGUUACCUCCGACAAAAUUUGAUACAAGCAGGAUCCUUGCCUGCUGCAGCCUUGUUCAACCACCCGACAAUGGAAAGCCAGCGGUGUACACUCUUCCUCUAAGUGUCGAGUACGAAGACAGCCGCGGUCAAUUGCGAAAGUUUGUUAUCAAUCUUCGAGAGAAAGGGGUGCAGUUACAGGGUAAAUUUAAGACCGUUCCUGAGAAAGUGAUAAUGGUUGUUGGGUCUGUGGGUUCUGGCAAGACAACCAUGGUGAACGCUAUGAUCAACCAUGUCGUUGGAGUACAGUGGAAGGAUGACUUUCGUCUCAAGAUGAUCCACGAGCUCGCUAGCAACCAAGGGGCAGGAACAAUUGGAAGUCAAGCACACAGUCGAACACAGUUCGUAUCUUGUUACACUCUACCGUACAUGGAAGGAUUCAAAAUACCUUACAACCUCACUAUCGUCGACACUCCGGGCUUCGGAGAUACAAGAGGAAUUAAGCACGACAAAGUGAUCACCGAACAGAUCCGUAGAUUCUUCAACGCGAAGGGCUCGGAAGGCAUUGAUCAUGUUGACGCCAUCUGCUUCAUGGCUCAGCGGGCUGGUAAUGCGACGCUCACUGCAACACAGCAGUAUGUUUUGGGCAGAAUUCUGGCCAUGUUCGGAAAAGAUAUGAAGAAGAAUGUCUUCGUGCUCUCUAUCUUUGCUGAUGGUCAAAAGCCUCGAGCCCUGUCAGCAAUGCUAGCAGCCGGAAUCCUAGAGGAUGAAAGUAAAUUCUUCAAGUUUAAGAACAGCGCCCUGUUUUUCGCUGACUCUGGUGAAGAUGACGAAGACAACUUCGACAGAAUGUUUUGGAGAAUGGGAAUCAACAUUUUUGAGAGGUUUUUUCAAGGCUUGGCCGAGAUGGAACCAAAAAGUCUUGUCCUUACCAAGCAGGUUUUGGAUGAAAGAGCUCAGCUGGAAGUUCGACUCAGUGGUUUGUGGGAGAAGAUUGAGCAUGGAGUAAACAAACUGAGCGACCUGCAACAGUUAAAGAGAAAGCGCAAUCAACAUGCAGCCGACGUGAAUGCCAACAAGAACUUCAAGUUCACUGUUCAAGAAGCAAUCCUCGUAAAUGGCGCAUAUCGCUAUGUAACCGUGGAAAAGGAGAAUCACGAAAUCAGAGAGAGGUUCAAUACAGCGGUUAAAUGCCACAGCAAGGUAGAGGCUUUGAUCAAGCAAGUAGAGGAGGAUUUUAAUAACACCAAUCGCAUUGUAUUGAACUUGGUGGCCGAAAUACAACGUGGUUUAAAGAAGUUGUCAGAAAUUGCCCUUAAAAAGGAUCCACUACAACAAGUGAACUACUUGAAUUUGCUCAUAGAAUCUGAGAAAUCAGGAGCAAAGCCUGGUUGGCAAGAUCGCGUAGAAUCUUUGCAGAAAACAAGGGAUGAGGCAGUCGAAAUCAGUUGUCUGGGAAAGCCUGGGUUCGAUCCGUGGGAAAAAUAUCGAGAGAACGAGGAGACUCGUCAGUUCUUUCAGAAGCAAACUGAUGAGGCUCAAGGAGAACAAAACGCAAAGAAGGCAGCAAGUAAAGCAAAGAAAGCCUUCUCUGGCUAAGAAAAAGAACGAGUCGGAACAUUUUAAGCAAGGAUUAGUUCGCUAUGCCUCGAAAAAAGAACUGGGGGACCAGUAAAGUUUGCUGAGUAAAACACGGAUUUGGACAACUGGAGUAAUUAAGCUAUUUACUUGAUUAUCGACACUGAGGAGGGCUCGGAUGACACUUAAAAAAACCAAAAGCUGGAAAUUCAGCGAGGAACAUACAGUGUGUAAAGCUUAGUGAAAGUCUUUUAUGUUACAGGGGAGUUUUACAUAUUUUUGCCUAAUUUGGGGAAUAUAUAAUCAUCGUGUGUUAUUCUGAAAUCUUUUCUCAGGGGCACCCAACGACGGUUUCCUCCAAAAUACGUUGAAAACACUUUUCAGGCUAUCCAGAGUACUCUUAGUUCUCUAGAAAUGCAUUCUAAGUGGCCUUCAAUUUUUAGCUGUUCGGUCAUCCUAGGAAAACUUAAGCCUUUUCGAAGUUACAAGGGCUUCAGUAUUAUUUUUCCCAAAAUUUUAGGCGCAAUUUAGUGUUUCACGAAAGUGAGAAUUUUUCUGAUUUCUUUCUCAAUCACAUUUUAGAAUCCGAAAAUUUUAAGUUUCCUUUUUCUAACAAAAAUAAUUUAACCUGGUUAGUAAAGUAGGAAAAAUAAAACUUCAGAAAAUCUUAGGGAAUUUAUUAGAUGAGCUUCGAGAAUUGAACUUGAAUGGAACGUUCAUCUAGAAAUUUUUAGCCGUCCUCAAGCAAAAGAAAAUUCUACACAAUACUUGCUUCUCCGAACAGACAUUUUACAGAAAACAGUCGUUGGGUGCCCCUGUUUUCUUAAGGUUAUUAAAUUUUUUUGGAGCGGAAGCUUUGCGUGGACUGCAGGAUAUUAGAGAAGUAAUAUAUCAUUCAAGAAGAGUUUAUUUGAUUAAUCUUUUCAUGUGGCCACGCCUGAAGGAUAUACGGUGUUGGUUUUCAUCACGAUAGCGAUUCAAAACUCCAUUUCGCUGAUUAUCUAGUAGAGAAUUUAAUCAACGAAAACGGCAAUUGCAGCGAGAACGUCAUCUUAAAAUCUUAUUAGUAGUAAUGAUCUCUUCGCGAGUAUUUCAACCUUUAAAUUAAUCAAAGCAGUGCUGCUUGCCCAAGAAUGAAACUCGUAUUGACGGCACUUACUUGGCGGGAGAAAACCUCGUGUACUGAGGUUUGUCACAAAACGUUAAAUUUGGCCUUUUUACGUUGUCGUUUUGCAGGAAACAACAAGAUGUACUAACAUUCAAAACGCACGUGCAGAGCGUACAAAGCUGUUCUAGUUUUGUCAUUAUAUAUGCAAAUUUAUAUAUAUGCUUACAUGGUGCUGUAGACAUUCUAGAAAAUAUUUGUUGAAAAAUGUCAUCACCUAAUUAACUGUAGCAUCCCGCCAGACGCAUAGCCUGCGUGGCAGGCCAGGCUACCAGACGCACCACGCGCGACACCCAGUAUGUAUUGUUUUCAAUUUUUCAUAUGUCUCUGAUUGUAACCGUUUUUCUGGCAGUUGCCUGAUGAUUGCUUCCGAUGAAGCAUGAAACUCUGUUGGCACAGAUUUUAGGAAAUAUGUAAUGAACAUUUGGUGUGUGAAUUUAUUGCGUGUUAUUCGGAAUUUUCAAUUGCGUGAACCUUUUUGGAGUGAAAUUUGAAUUUUGAAUUGUGUGAACUGUUUAGAGUGAAAGCGUGAAUUACAUUUACCAUAUUUACGGGAGAGUUAGGUUGAUAAGGCCCUAAAAAUACGUGAUCUGGUCUCGAAGACCUUUUUAGUAGACACAUGCGAGUAUUUUCUAGGAAUAAGCACGCACGAAAAAGUGCUCACAUGAAACUCGUAAUGUGCUAAGACCCGCCCUUUUGUUAACUUUGCGUUGACCUUCGUUUUCUUGGUCAACUUAAUUACUUUUGCCUCGUAGUUAUGAAUGACUUUUGUUUAGUUAAUCGACCUGAACAAAUGACUCGAGUUGUUUUAAGUACAAUUUGAUCUUGCGUUAUGUCAUAGUCUGACAAUCUUUCAUAAAACUAAUAGUACCUCAGAGUGAGUUAAGAUUAUAAAUCUUAGUCCUUAACCGUGGUAUUUUUACCAUUUUGAACUGUGGAACCAGUUGGUUCCAUCCUGGAAAAGAACAAUGGAAUUCUUGUUUUAAUUAAGUACUUAACUUAAGUUGUUUACGACACAGGUUAAUUAAACUUUGCUCUUUAAGAGUUUGCUAGUGAAAAAAACAGAUCACGUUCUAAGAGUAGAACGCAACUAUUUCAGAGAAUCCGCGGUGGUUGGUAUAAGAAUUUGUCCAGUGCUAAACUUUGUCGAGUACGAAACUAGGACUGGUUUCUUAAUCCCUGAAAAGAAGCCGCUGUUGCUAUGAACUCGCCGCCGAAAUAAUAGUUAUCCAUCUAAACCAAUGACGGUGCGUUGUCAGAAUUGAUGCGUUGUAUUAACAAGUAUACGUUUUGCGCAAGAGCGUCACUCUGUACUUGGACCUCAUGCAUCACAGACAUUAAAGCUUUCUCUCCUGAUAGUGUUGUCAAGUCUCUAAAUCUGUCCCGUAACAACUCUGAGUAGCAAUUAAAUGUCUUGGAUCAAAUAAUCCAGCUCUUCAACUACAUUAUUAUCUACAGUCGAACCUCUCUAAUACGGACACCGACGGGACAGUGCGAAGUGUCCGUAUUAGAGAGGUGUCCGUAUAAAAGAGGUUACCCAGGUUACCAUGAUAACGUCACCUUUCUGACUCUGCUUACAGUUUUAAGUGUUCAGUAGCUAAAGCCAGGCUCACGAUCGUCUUUAAACUGUAUUUAAAGUUAUUAAUUCACAUUACAAUGACACUGUCUUUCUUUAAAAUACAACAUUGUGCUUCUCAGCUAAAGACAAACUACUGUUUUAAAACGAAACGAGCUACAGCGCAAUGUUGCAUGUAAAAAGUCACGGUAACGUAAAGCACAAUUCUGAAGGCGUCUUUCGCUAUUUUGCAAGUGCGGUAGACAGUGACUAGUGUACAAAAUGAAAUAGAAAGAUCUUUAUGCUAUCUGUAGUUAUUGAAGUUUUAAAAAAAUCGGGUAAUCUAUGUUCCUUUGUACACCUUUCGCAAAUCGUUGUUUGAUAUACAGCGACUUGGCUUUCUAUAACCUUGCAUAACUCAUCAGCCAGACUAGACGGGAUUCACCCUGUGCAGAUUCACCCGAUCGGGAUUCGAGAUUCCACUUAUCACCGCAGAGUCUGUAAUAAAGAGGUUAAGUUUAUAUGAAUUUACUCUCUGGGGCCGAGAUUUAGUGUCCGUUGUCCGUAUUAUAGGGUUUUCUUAAAAAAAAAUUAUGAGAAUUUUGUCGGGACAUUGGGAACUGUCCGUAAUAGAGAGGUGUCCGUACCGAGAGGUUCGACUGUAUUGCUCUAUUGAGCAUUCUAACAACCGAUGAGGAUUAGGAUUUCAACUCAAUAUUUGGUUAUAUAUCUGACUGAACUUAAGAAAACAUGGCUUCAGUGAGUGUCUACAGGUCCUGUGCUAAGUGUGUCGUUGGUACCAAGACUUUGGCCCUCCCCACCCAGGACAAUGGGUGACUGUCUGCACCUCCCACUGAGCUCUGCAAUUAUCAUGAUAAUUACUCUCAGCAGAGGCCUGAUGCAGUUGGGCAAAUUAACAACAAGGUAACUUGCCAGUCGAAGCCUCUACUGAACACUGCUGCUUACUGAAGGGGUUGUGUCAAAACAGCCCCCUCCCUACCCCACUAGCUUUGACCCCCAGGCCUGAUCCACCCACCCACUGUUAGGGCAGUCCCUGGACUAUCCAGCUGUACCGACCAAGACGGCAAACCCCCUACUUUUUUGGACACCAGACUGGCCUGGAGCCGGGUUGCGGCCGACUUUUAAGCGAUCUAUGACGAAAUUAGUUGCUCCUUGUGAUUACACAUGAAUUAAUAUAACGAACAUGUUUAUCCUAAUCUAACUGAUCUUUAACCCUGUCUCAAGUAAAUUGUUACCAAGGACCUAAAAACGGCCGUCUCAUCAUUAGUUUAGGUCUUUCAGAAAUAAUUGGGCUUACACUGGACUGUUAAGCCGUAAAAAUGAUUUGUGCAGUUUGUAGUCAGUACAAUUGCCGAACAUCUUUAUGACUUAGGUCAGAUUCCUGAGUGUGGCUUUAACUUGGCCUCUAACAAAUUUACUUUACUUUGUGGAAAGUUUUUUUAAAGUUUUUGGUUCUGGGCAAUCUGACGUGCGCUCAGGAAAGUCGAUGACUUCGUGUUGCGUGGUGAACGCGAACAUGGACUCAGGGGAACCAGGUAGUCAAUACUGCAUGACAAAACAUGGAUCUUCUUACCCUCAGAUGGUCUGCGGAUUGCGC